AAAAUGAUUACCAGUAGUCAGCUAUUGGUUUUCAAGGAAAAACCAUUGACCACAUAGGCCGUUGCUACCGCGAAAUUGAUCGCCUCUGAAAAUCAUUGAGACAAAUAGAGAAAGAGAUGUGGGAAUCGAUCUGUUUAACGUUAGCGGCGACGGCUGGUAACAACAUCGGCAAAGUCUUUCAGAAAAAGGGCACCCUUAUUCUUCCCCCUCUCUCUCUCAAGUUCAAGGUGAUAAAGGCAUAUGCUUCCAACAAAACUUGGGUGAUCGGUUUUCUAAUGGAUAUAUUCGGAGCAAUGUUGAUGUUGAGGGCACUAUCUCAAGCCCCUGUAUCUGUCAUCCAACCAGUUUCUGGUUGCGGACUUGCUAUUCUUUCCAUCUUUUCCCAUUUUUAUUUGAAGGAAGUCAUGAAUGCUAUUGACUGGGUGGGAAUUACUUUUGCGGGUAUUGGCACGAUUGGAGUUGGUGCUGGAGGUGAGGAGCAAGAGGCAACUGCCAUAUCCAUGUUUCAUUUACCAUGGCUAGCAUUUGCAGUUGCCAUCUUGUUUGUGCUUCUUAAUGGAUGGCUUCGAAUCUACAAACGAUACCGCAGAGAACAGGAGAUGAUGGAAUAUGAAGUUGUUGAAGAAAUUAUAUAUGGCUUGGAAUCUGGUGUUUUGUUUGGGAUGGCAUCGGUAAUAUCAAAGAUGGGAUUUGUAUUUUUGGAGCAGGGCUUCCACAGGAUGCUGCUACCUAUAUGCAUUUCAAUCAGUGUAUCUUUUAGUGGUACAGGUUUUUAUUAUCAGACUCGUGGUCUAAAGCAUGGGAGAGCAAUUGUAGUAGCCACGUGUGCUGCUGUGGCAUCAAUUGUGACUGGCGUUCUUGCUGGUAUGCUUGCAUUAGGUGAACGAUUGCCUUCAGCACCAACAGCUCGUGUUUCACUUCUGCUUGGGUGGUUACUUAUUAUUAUAGGUGUGAUUUUACUUGUAUGUUCAUCGCGGCUGGUGAGAUACCUUCCUUGGCCAUUACAGAAUUUCAUACCAAGUGGCGUUGAGAGGAGUUUCAGCGCUAGGCGAUCUGGGUCUGUCCGAAUUAGGGAUAUAAGCCCAAGUGCUGUUAUCCAGGCAGCAACAUUGCAUCAUUUGAUAUCAUCUCCUCCUAAAGAGAAGGCUUGAACUGACAAUAGGGAGCAGAUUGUCACUUGAAUAUGUUAAGAUUUUUGUUGAUGUGCUUGUAGAUGACACUGAGUCACUCCACCGGGGCUUUAAUGAGGGUGAAAUGUAUAGUACGAUCAUGUUUACUGAUUUUAGAGGGAGUGUAAUUUUGUAGGUCAUUCUUUCUAUAAGACAUCCAUUGCUUGAUUUAUUGUAAAAUCCUUGUAACUUGAAACUCUGUCCUCUUAUAUUCCAUUUAGGAGGUAAUCUCAUAAAUGGAGUUUA